AUUCAAGAGGAAAAGGUGUAGGGUUCUGUUAAAACACAUUUGCUAUUUCAAAGAGAUUAAUUUCUCUUCCUACAGCAAUUCUCCUUUCUUCUACUUCCCUUAACUGUAUUUUCUUUUCAAUUUUUAUAUUUAUUUUUCAAAUUUAGUUAUCAAUGAGGAUGACUUUGUAACAUAUGCAUAACAGCGUCUGUAUCAGUAAGAUGGGAAAUGAAGGCAUGGCUAACAAGUGCGUUAUAUAUGCACCGGACACCGCAAAUGGUUUCACUUGUUACUCCAACACUUCCACCUCUACCCCUUCCUCACCUCCUUCGUCGGUCGGCAUGAUAUAUACUGAUAUGGCUUCUCUAUCUCUUAGUCCCAAUUAUGGAAGUGCAGUUUCGGUUGUUUCUGCUUCACUAGAGACUCAUAUUUGCAGGAACACCGAUAUGGAAAAUGCGGGAGCUUGCUGGGGUUUUCCUUUCAUGGGUAACAGCUCAACCAGAAGCUUCGAGGGACAACAUAAUAUUGAUGCUAAUGCCGAGGUUAAGUGCUCUGAUUAUGAUGAUAGAUUGGGAGAAGCCAGUGAGACUAUUAUCCACAAUGUCAACUUGAAUGAAGAGUUUAACCCUAACGAGAAGGAAAUAGAUAGUGGGCAGGCAAAGCUUUGUGCUAGAGGCCACUGGAGGCCUGCGGAAGAUACCAAGCUCAAGGAACUUGUUGCUCUUUAUGGCCCCCAAAACUGGAACCUUAUUGCCGAGAAGUUAGAAGGUAGAUCAGGUAAAAGCUGUAGGCUGAGGUGGUUCAACCAGUUGGACCCAAGAAUCAACAGAAGAGCUUUUACCGAAGAAGAAGAAGAAAGGUUAAUGCAAGCUCAUAGACUAUAUGGUAACAAAUGGGCUAUGAUAGCCCGGCUCUUCCCUGGAAGAACUGAUAACGCAGUCAAGAACCAUUGGCAUGUUAUAAUGGCUAGGAAGUAUAGAGAACAAUCCAAUGCGUAUAGAAGGCGGAAAAUGAGCCAGUCUAUUUACAAAAGAAUGGAGGAUAUCCCAGGGGUUAUUUGCCGAGAUGCAACCGCCAGAACUGAACCACAACCCUACUGUUUCAGUGUCCCCAAUGGAGGAUUUGGUAACACCUCUUCUUUCUGUGGUUCUGGUGGGGUUGAAUUCGCCUUCAAUGGUUCACCCCACAUGACCAGUGGGCAAGAAACAAUCUUAAGCAACAAGGAUCCUUACAGUGGGUUUUGUGUACAGCAGACACCUAGUGAUUUCUUUCCUGGCCCCAAGGGCAGUGACAUGAUGGCCAUGUUCAGCCAGGUGAGAUCUUGGGAUGGGCCAAUUGAUGAACCUCACGUUUAUGGCUUCAAUCUUCACCACCACCCUCAAAACUUGAUGGCAAUGCAACAGUCAAAUUUCCAACACCACCAACUUCACAGUUUCUUUGGUUCCACGGCAUCCACACCUCAAGUCUCAGCCAGUGAAGCUUCAUCAUCAGUAGACAACCAUUUUGACCCCGUUCCACCACGCUUCUUUGAUUUUCUCGGGGUAGGAGCCACAUAAAGUUAAAGAAGGAAUAGAAAUUAAGCUGGAAAAGGAGAAUUAAAAGGAAUCAUCAAAAGAGGACCUUAAUAUGGACUUGCUUCAAGAUGGGUGAUAAACCUUGGAGGUAAAAGGAAAGAAUUUUUGUUUGAGUUGGUGACGGUGCAUUAGCUUUUUCAAGUCUUAUAUUAGUAGUCCUAGUUACCAUCUUGGAUUUUUAUUAUAAGUAUGUUAAUGUUUAGUAUUUGAAUAACAA